AUGUCAAUCUCAUUUGAGGACGCCUGCGCUGCCGAGACGCACCCAGACGCCGACGGAGUCACGGGAUUGGCCGUUUUGGCUGUUAACAGCACCGGAGUGCCCUUCAUUGAGAAAUAUUACGGUAGAAGAAGCGCUAUCGGAUCUGACAAGAUCGACAGAAAUAGUGCCUUUUGGAUCUACUCCAUCACCAAGACCAUCACUGCUAUUGCAGCCCUGCAAUGUGUUGAGCGCGGCGAAGUUCAACUCGAUGAGCCCAUUUACAAUAUUCUCCCUGAGCUAAAGGACUUCGGUGUACUUGGCUACGACCAGACAGGCAAUAUUGUUCUCACACCCCACAAAGGGAAGAUUACCCUCCGUCAUUUGCUAUCUCACACCAGCGGAGUAGGUGUGGAUCUGUUUGAUCCGCGCCUUCAAGCAUGGCGUAUGUCACGCGAUGAGCACCCUCAAGCCUUUUCGGGAGACUCGAAGAAAGCUUACACCAUUCCCCUCCUGUUUGAGCCGGGCCAAGGAUGGGCCUAUGGAGGCGGUGUCGAGUGGGCCGGUAUGGCUGUUGAGAGACUGACCAAGGUGAAGCUUGGGGAGUAUAUGAAGAAGAACAUCUUUGAUCCUCUGGGAAUGACUAGCACAACAUUCCAUCCGGACAAGAACCUGGAUAUUCAGAAGCACCUUGUUGAGACCAGCACGAGGAUUUCAGAUGGGACACUCGUGCCGAUGACCGGACCAUACCCCGGGGUGACUGAGGAUGACAGUGGCGCCAUGGGGCUAGUCUCAACGGUUCCAGACAUCGCAAAGCUCACAGCCGAUCUCCUCAAAGAGACGCCGAGCUUACUUGGGCCAGAAUACCUGGCGGAGUUAUUCUCGUCCCAGUUUAGCCCCGACUCACCGGCAGCUAAGAUGCUUUCAUACGGAGCGAUGAUGUAUGGCCGCCUGACCGGGGAGCCAUACGAUCCCGAGAAGGUGGGACAGGCUCCAGGAGCGUACUUUGUCAAAAAAGAUACGCAAGGUCUGCCAGGUGGAACUCUCGUGAUGACAGGAAUUCCAAAUCUGGUGUGGUUUGUCAAUCGCGACAAGGGAGUCGGUGGGCUUUACGCCAGUGCCAUCAUGCCCCCCGACGAUGCGAAGAGCACCGAGUUGAUUGCUGGUUUCUUGAGGGAGGUCUUCAACAAGGACUGA